AUGUCCGCCGGCCACGUCGCCCGGGCCAAUCUGAGGACGCCACCUCAGCAGCCCCGCCUCCGCAGCCAAUCCGGCGCCGCCACCUCACCCGCGCCACCUCACCGCGCCUUCCCCCACCGUCGCUGGCCCUGCAGGCCCAUUCGGGGCCCGCCCGAGCCCGCGGGAGCCCGGAUCCCCGCCGCCUUCGCCGGAGCUCCCCGCCGCCCUCGCCGGACCUCGCCUCCGCCACCACCGCUCCACCGCAUGCCGCUCAUCGCCUCCACCGCCGGCGACCGCGCGCAGCCCGCUCGGGUUCCGCUCCUCCCGAUCUACCCCGCCGCCGUUCCCAGCGCCGCCGCGCCGGACCCCGCCGCCUCGACGUGCCGUCGCCCGGCGACCUCCUCCCCCGCCAGGUCGCCCCGCCUUCUUCUCCCGUGCUCUCCCUCUCCUCUAAACGCUGCGCCGCCGCCGUUGUCUUGUGGGAGCCGCCACCGAGCUCGUCGCCGGCCUCCGCGACCUCGUUUGCGGCCAGAUCCGGGGUCCCCAUGCCCGGAUCUGCCCGUUCCCGACCCCCGCGACCUCGUCCCCGACUCCGGUGGUCGCCCCGUCGUACGUCUUCGCUGGAGCCGCCGCCACCAUGCCCCUGCUCGGGGACGAUCAGAGGAUCUGCUCGUCCCGCUCGCGCCCUCCCGUGGGCCACGGCCUCCCGUCGGCCCAGCUCCGCCGGCCCGCUUCCCCGGCCCAGUCAGCCUCUCCACCGUUUUGGGCCGGAGGCCAGGGUGA